GGGCGCUGCACCGGCGGGCGGCCCGCGGUCCCUCGGCGGCUCCGGCAUCCAGGGCAGCGCGGGAGGGAGACCGGGAAGGAGGGAGGAUGAACCUGGAGCGGCUCAGGAAGCGAGUGCGCCAGUACAUCGACCAGCAACAGUAUCAAAGUGCCCUGUUCUGGGCUGACAAAGUAGCUUCACUCUCUCAUGAGGAACCACAGGAUAUCUACUGGCUGGCCCAAUGCCUUUACCUGACAGCUCAGUACCACAGGGCAGCGCACGCCCUUCGAUCACGGAAGCUGGAUAAGUUGUAUGAGGCAUGUCGCUACCUUGCAGCCAGAUGUCAUUAUGCUGCAAAAGAGCAUCAACAGGCCUUGGAUAUUCUUGAUAUGGAGGAGCCAAUCAACAAACGACUUUUUGAAAAGUACUUGAAGGAUGAAAGUGGGUUGAAAGAUUCUACCACAGACUGGGAGAUGUCACAGUCCUCAAUCAAGAGCUCUAUAUGCCUUUUACGAGGGAAGAUCUAUGAUGCUUUGGACAAUAGAACCCUGGCAACUUACAGCUACAAAGAGGCCUUGAAGCUGGAUGUUUACUGUUUUGAAGCAUUUGAUCUUUUAACUUCACACCAUAUGCUGACAGCACAGGAAGAAAAAGAACUCCUUGAAUCUCUACCUCUUAAUAGACAAUGUACGGAAGAAGAGCAGGAAUUGCUUCACUUUUUAUUUGAGAAUAAAUUGAAAAAGUAUAAUAAACCCAGUGAAACACUGAUUCCUGAAUCAGUAGAUGGUCUUCAGGAAAACCUGGAUGUGGUAGUAUCCCUAGCAGAAAGGCAUUAUUACAACUGUGACUUCAAAAUGUGUUAUAAGCUUACUUCAGUAGUGAUGGAAAAAGAUCCCUUCCAUGCAAAUUGUUUACCUGUACAUAUAGGGACACUUGUGGAGCUUAACAAAGCAAAUGAACUUUUCUAUCUUUCUCACAAACUGGUGGACUUGUACCCAAAUAAUCCUGUGUCAUGGUUUGCAGUAGGAUGCUAUUAUCUCAUGGUUGGCCACAAAAAUGAACAUGCUAGAAGAUAUCUCAGCAAAGCCACGACGCUGGAGCGAACCUAUGGCCCUGCAUGGAUAGCAUAUGGACAUUCCUUUGCAGUGGAGAGUGAGCAUGACCAAGCAAUGGCUGCAUACUUCACAGCUGCACAGCUCAUGAAAGGGUGUCAUUUGCCUAUGCUCUAUAUUGGACUGGAAUAUGGUUUGACCAACAACUCCAAGUUGGCUGAACGGUUUUUCAGCCAAGCUUUAAGCAUUGCACCUGAAGAUCCUUUUGUUAUGCACGAAGUUGGAGUGGUGGCAUUUCAAAAUGGAGACUGGAAAACUGCAGAAAAGUGGUUCCUUGAUGCACUGGAGAAAAUCAAAGCUAUUGGAAAUGAGGUAACAGUUGAUAAGUGGGAGCCUUUAUUGAACAACUUGGGACAUGUCUGCAGAAAACUCAAGAAGUACGAAGAAGCACUGGAAUACCAUCGCCAGGCUCUGGUGUUGAUCCCUCAGAAUGCUUCUACUUACUCUGCCAUUGGCUACAUACACAGCCUCAUGGGCAAUUUUGAAAGUGCCAUUGACUAUUUCCACACGGCCCUUGGUCUCAGGCGGGAUGACACAUUUUCGGUCACAAUGCUCGGCCACUGCAUAGAAAUGUACAUUGGUGAUUCUGAAGCCUAUAUUGGAACAGAGAUCAAAGACAAAUUAAGAUGUUAUGACUUUGAUGUACACACAGUGAAGACAUUAAAGAACAUAAUUUCACCUCCCUGGGAUUUCAGAGAAUUCGACAUAGAAAGACAAACUGUGGAUGAAAGUGGCAUAGUAACAUUAGAGACAUCAAAUCAAAGGAAAAGUACAGAUACCAGUCGCCCAUUGGAAGAAACAUUUGAGAUUGAAAUGAAUGAAAGUGAUAUGAUGUUAGAAACAUCAAUGUCAGACCAUAGUACGUGACCAUAAAUACUGGUAGAGAGCUCA